AUGUUUUGUGGAAGCUGUAAAAAGUCAAUAUCAGGUGAUGGAGAUAAAGUUACAUGUGGUAAAUGUAAGGCGGAAUUGCACUACACCUGUGCAGGGCUAACCAAAACGUCUUGGAAGGCUAAGACUGUAAAGUAUAGGUCUGAGUGGGAAUGUUUGAAGUGCAGACCUAUAAGUAAAACAUGUACAGAAAGUGUAGAGUUGACAGACGAAGAAAUUGAAAGUGAUGAUCCUACUUACAUAGCCUUGAAAAAGCUGUUGGAUAAAAUGUUCCUGAGGCAAGAGAAUAAAAUUGCCUCAAGAGUCGAUAGUAUAAUUGAAAUGAUUAGUAAGUUAGAGGCAACUAUGACUAACAUCAUAGACCGAGUCAAGGAGAUGGAAGAAGAGUCUGUGAAGUUGAAGAAUCAGAUGCGGGAUUUGAAAAUGGAAAUGGAAAUGGAGAAACAGUAUGGGCGGAGUAGAAAUUUUAUUGUGACCAGUAUUCCUCAAGACGACAAAGAAGACGUCCCAGUGAAGAUCACAGGAUUGCUCCAGGCCAUGAAUAUCGAGCUCAGAAAAGAAGACAUCACAGCGCACAGACUACCUUCAGCACACUCGCCGGCGCCGAUCAUAGUGCAGUGUACGACUAGAGCCAUUAGAGACACAGUAGUCCGUGGUGCACGUAAGUUUAGGCAAAGUACAAAACUAAUAGGAAAUUCUCAUCCAGAAAGGGCAAUAUACUUCAAUGAUCAUCUAACUCCCUAUUUCUCAGAACUAAUGAAACAAACCAAAGAAGUGAAGGAUAGGUUAGGGUUUAAGUACAUAUGGCUAAAUGGAAAUAGAAUUAUGUUGAAAAAAGACAACCAGUCAAAAGCUUUCAGAAUUCUUACGGAAUCAGAUCUGGAAAAGGUAGGAUAA